AACUCAGGGCGAACACUCCCGUUAUCUCCGGUCCUGACGGACUGCCGUCACUUCCUGUAGUCGACCACAGAGAUGCCUGCGUGAAGAAGUGAAAGCAGCGGGCCACGUUGUGUUGAAGGAUGUGUUGUUAGUUUUCAGUCGCCGUCUGGGUCGAGGUAACGUUAACAAACCUGUGACUGACGGUAUUAACCGGUAACGUCUCGGAAGUGAUCGUAGGAGAGAGACUCUUUUCCUCGGUGACAGUUGAACCGACGCGAACUUGUGACCCGCCAAAAGCCACGCAGAGGGUUCAGCGAGGAAGAGACCAUUUUGUACUUUUUCUGUUUUCAGUAAGGUUUUUAUUGAACAUGAGCGGCGGAUUUAACUUCGGACAAGCCUCCACGGGUUUCUCUUUCGGAGCUCAGAAGACCACAGCCGCAGUCCCCGGGACCGGCACCGGGACCGGGACCGGGACCGGGACCGGGACCGGGACCGGCUGUGGCGGGGGCUUCCUAUCCGGAUCCGUCGGAGGUUUCGGGCCUCUCGGAACCGGCGCUCUCGCUCCUCGCGCUCCCGCUCCUUGUUGCGCGGCUUCGGGAGUUUGGGCCCAAAACUGUCCGGAGACAAGCUCCGGUCGCGGCUGUCGUUGCGGUUGCGGCUGCGGGAUCGAGUGCGGGGUCUCCGGGCCCGAGGGCUCCGAGGCUCCCCGCCGCCGUCCGAGCUGGAGCGGUCCGACAUCGGCUGAAUCCGGACUCACACUGGACCUACGGCACACUGCGAGGACACAAAGGUUUCUGUCUUUAAUACGCAAUUAUUCCGCGACCACCCACUGUGUGCCUCAGCGUGUUCUGGUGUGCACGCCGUCGAGGGGUCGUUGUGGCUGUUUGUCUGGGCCAAUUCAAUAUUCCCCUGCUGGGAAUAAUGACCUCCAGCCCGCCCCUGCCCCUGCCCCUGCCCCCGCCGCCACAACUGCAGCCGCCACAACAGGCAUCGCUACCGGCAUCGCUACCGGCUUCACCCUGGGGCUCCGACCUGCAUCCAGCGCAGGUACCACAGCAACUGCUACAGCCACAGCAAUCACUACGACCGCUGCUCCUCCCGUGAUGACCUACGCGCAGCUGGAGGGUCUCAUUAACAAGUGGAGUCUUGAGCUUGAGGACCAGGAGAGACAUUUCUUACAGCAGGCGACUCAGGUGAACGCCUGGGACCGCAUGCUGGUGGAGAACGGCGAGAAGAUCACGUGUCUGCACAAGGAGAUGGAGAAGGUGAAGCUGGACCAGAGGAGGUUGAACCAGGAGCUGGAUUUCAUCCUGUCCCAGCAGAAGGAGCUGGAGGACUUGCUCUGCCCGCUUGAGGAGUCGGUGAAAGAGCAAAGUGGGACCAUCUACAUGCAAAACGCAGACGAGGAACGCGAGAGGACGUACAAGCUCGCCGAGAACGUGGACGCACAGCUGAAGAGGAUGUCCCAGGACCUGAAGGAGAUCAUCGAGCACCUGAACACGUCCAGCGGCCCAGCAGAUACCAGUGACCCACUUCAGCAGAUCUGUAAAAUCCUCAACACCCACAUGGAUUCACUUCAGUGGAUCGAUCAGAACUCGGUUCUUCUGCAGAGGAGAGUCGAGGAGGUGUCCAAAUUGUGCGACAACCAGCGCAAAGAGCAGGAGAAAACCUUUCGCUUAACGUUUGACUGAUUGACACUCCCAUGUAUGUUCACAUAAUGCUAACUGUGGAUUUAGGUUUUUUCUUUUUCUUCCAGUAGUCAGAAGGUCUGUUAAACGCUCCAGAUGUUUUGGAUACAUUCAUCACAACUCCGGUUGAGUUGCUUUUCCCCCCCUCAGCUGUUAGGGUUGCAUAAAGAGUGAUAUUUUCAAUUUAAUGGCUUUUAUAUAGAGUAGAGAAUGAAUGGUGAUCUGUUCCCAUGUAAAUCCUUUGCUUGUUCUAUAAUAGUACGAUUAAAUAAAUCUCUUGAGUAAGA